GGGGGGAUGCAGGAUAUUCUCACAGGAUGUGAUGGCUGGACAGCAGCCGGAGCCGAGCGAUGUGGAGGGGAAAGUCAGCUGAGAGGAGCGUUUGGUGGGUUUGCUUGGUUGCUAUCGAUCUGUGAGUGGGUGUGUGAGCGCGCUGAGGAUGUGAAAUCAACAAGGUCAGGAGGCUUUGAGAAGAUCAGUCAUCAGCUGAAAGUGAGCACCAUGGCCGCAGUCCAGCUGCUCUUCCCGCUGUUGGUCAGCUGCGUGGCGGCAUUCGCACACCCUCCCCGCCACAUCCCAGCAUGCCAAGUGGUCCAGAUGGAUGUGUUUUGCAGCAAUCUAAACCUCAGGAGCGUCCCGGUCGACCUUCCUCGCGGCGUCCAAAUGCUGGAUCUUUCCCGUAACCAGGUGCAGAAUCUCACCCAGGAAACCCUGGCGUACCACACCAGCUUUAACCACCUGAAUCUUCACUCCAACAAGAUCCACUUCAUCCAGCCGGGACUCUUCAAAGACAUGAUAGAUCUGAGAGUCUUAGAUCUGUCCAGGAAUCAUCUGAAUGUUUUCGCUCACUCCAGAGUCAACAUCGGGCCUCUUACAGCUGUUGAGUCACUUGAUCUUUCAAGUAAUGGGCUGUACACAGGAAUGUCUGACUAUUUCCUGGCUGAUUCCCCAUCGCUCGCCAACCUUUCUCUGAACAGCAACAGCAUCACCAAAAUAGCACAAAAUACUUUCAGCGGGUCCUCGUCCCUAGAGAGAAUCAGCCUCCACAAUAACGUCAUAUUGGAGAUUGAAGACGGAGCUUUUGACUCCUUGAGUCAUCUGACCGAGCUCGACCUGUCCAAGAACUCGAUCACGUGCAUCACAGACUUUAAUUUGUGCAAUCUUAAAGUUCUCAAUCUCAGCAAGAACAGCAUGGAGCUUUUCCAAAGUACAAUGUCGACAGAUCCAUACAAGCUUCAAAUUCUUGAUCUGAGUGAAAAUAAAAUGCAUUACUUCCCUCUCCUACCAAGAAAUAACAUGCUCCAAUAUUUGGACGUGUCACGAAACCGACUUCACAGCGUCAACGUCACAGCAAAUGCUGACAGAAGGACCACUGUCUUUCUUUAUCACCUGAGAUACUUGGACAUGAGUUACAACCAACUACAGUUCAUUCCCCAGUCCUUUUUCUACUGCAUGGCCUCACUGGAGGUCCUAAAUGUGAGCAAUAACUGUAUUAGCUCAUUUUCUCUCACUAAUGAAGCACUUCUGCAGACAGUUAAGAUCAUAAAUCUCAGCUAUAAUUCACUGCAGAGUCUGACAUUUGGGGAAAACACUCUGACGUCACUGGAAGAGCUCCUCUUGCAAGGAAAUGACCUCAACACCUUGGACAAUCAAAUAUUCCAAAGACUCCCAAGUAUCAGACACUUGUACCUCCAGGAAAAUAAUUUGGAAAUCUGUGACUCAAGCCAAAACCACAAGGAUCCUCAAGAAUGUGUCUCCUUUUCCUCCGUACCAAACUUGCAGUUUUUAUACCUCUCUGAGAAUAAUCUGCGAACUCUUCCUUCGAAUGCUUUUGCUGACACCCCUCUUAAGUUACUAGACUUGUCCCUGAACCCGGGCUUGGACAUGCAUGAAGAUUCCUUCUCUGGUUUGGAGAGCUCCCUGGUUCACCUCCUCCUGAGGGAAAACAACAUUUCCAGUCUAAACACCGACCUGUCAUCACUGAAGAGUCUGAAACACAUAGACCUGUCCACCAACCAGUUGACCACUCUGCCUAUGUGGAACAAAGAAUCAUCCAUUGAGUCGCUAAACCUGCAGAACAACAACCUGGUCACCCUGGAGCCCAGCACCAUGUUCGCUCUGGAGCACUCACUCAAAACUCUCUAUAUGGGCUCCAACCCUCUAAGCUGCUGCAGCAACCUAGACUUCCUUCACAUGGUCCAGAACUCAGCUUUGGUUAUUCCUGACAUUGAGACUGUGACCUGCGUUCUCGAUGACUACUCGGAGCCUGUGAACAUCGGGAAGGUGACGGAGGAAAUGUGUCAGAGGCCGAGCAUCCAGAACUAUGUGAUCACUGUUGUUUUGGUAGCGUUACUUACCCUGAUUGUGCUAGGGCUGCUCAUUAAAUGUUGCCAAUUGAGGAAACAAAAGCCCAACCGGAGUUUCAACGCAUAAAGUGAAUGGACAGUCCACAUGCAGGACCAUGAAGGAUUUAUACCUGCCACUUUUUCCAACUUAAGGUUUAAGACUUGAACGUCUUCUGAAUGGACCAUUGAAAGCCUGAACCCAACUGUCACAUGGAAAUAGAGCCAGGCCUUACCUGGAUUAGGCAGGCUCAAACUGAAUAUGGGUCCUUGGUGGGUUGGUGUGAGAAGGAACUGGGUAGUCCGGGGGCCUGUACUCGGCCUAGAGAUACUCUAGAGAAGAAUGGGUCCUAACUGGGCUACAGCCACCCAUUAUGGACCCUGUAAGGAGCCCACCAAGCCUCUUCAUCAACCCAUAUGGUUUAAGUGUGCUUCACUACUUGGAAAGUGAGGACAGAUUGGCUUGGCCCCAGCUGAUUAGCCAAGACUGGUCCAACAUAACAGCCUAAGCACCCCCCCUUUCGGGUCCAGAUAUUUGGGUUAACAUCACCAUUUUAACUCUUGGAGUACAAAAUUGCGCAAAAAAAGAGGAUAUGUUCUAGUUAAAUGGUGAACAAUGACAAACUGAUGGACUGAAUGGCUGUAUGUGAAGAAAGGGUGUGCUAUAAUAUCCCAAAAAUGAAGACAAUACCACUGAAACAAGAACCUCUUUUGGAAGAGUGUGUUGCUUGGAUUUUAAAAAUGAGAAGUUUGGACUUUUGAUGCAUCUAUGCAUCUUGUGGCCAUUUAAGGAACUGCAAUUUUAAGCAGAGGUGUUUCCUGUUUGGUUUUAAGCCACAUGCUUACCACUAAUUUAUUGAAUGUGAAUGGAAGAUCCACACUACAACACUUUAGGACUGAGAUGAAGCAGUACAAUGUUCAGGGAAAGUCUGACUUGUUUGGAAACAUGCUGAUUUGCUUUCUUGAUAAAAGUUUAAGUUAAACGAAACACUUGCUGAAUAAUGGCUGCUACUUUUUAUGUUAGAUGAAUUAGCGCUGCAUAAAAGCUGGGAAAAGGGUAUAAUAGCUAGCCGGAUUUUAUCCCAAGGUAUCACUGACCACUUCCUCUAAAACUAACUGAUAGUUUUCUUAGUUUCAUUUGUUAUUAGUAGGUGUUACUCCACCUGGCCAAGAAGUAUGGUGCAUUUACCCCUGUCCCUCUUCAGUUACACUUCAAUAUGCCCUUCAACGUUAAUGUAAACUGGAUUUUUAUGCCAGUUACUGAGCAAAGAGGGUUUACAGGCAAUUUUGUUUGCUUAAGAUGGAGCAAACCAACACUGUACAACUGAACAAAUUGGAAAUACUCAAAACAUUUAUUGUAGCUGAUUACAUCAAAAUUUUUUAAGUAUUAUGACUUUCUUUUUAUCUGAGUAUGACUCAAGUGAAUAUAUAUAAUUAUGUUUUCCAUCCACAGCACUUUUUCUUUUAUGUCUUCCACAUGUUCUGAUUCUGAACAAUCAUGCCCCCCAAAGUGACCUGAUCUGACUGAUUACAAGUAACAAAGACUGAAAGGAUCACUUUAACCCUGAAAGUACUCUUCAGGACAUCAUCCUUGCUAUGUCAAAGUCGGUCCCCACAGAUGGGACUUGUCUAACUGAGUAGGUAACUUCACUCAUGGUGCAAAAGUGCCUAAUGCCCACAGGCAUUCUGGAAAACUAUGUGUAUUAAUAGAUAGACGUCAAAUAAUUUGAGUACAAUGACAAAAACAUACUUUAAGUGAUGAGUAUUGGUUACUAAAACAAAAAAAUGAGGUGAAAUAGCUAUUUGGAUGGUUUAGUUAACACAACCAGUUUUUUCUAACAACCUUUUAUUGUUUGGCCUUACAGUGUAGCUGGUUCCCCCUGUUUCUAGUCUUUAUGCUAAGCUAAGCUAACUAGCUGCUGGCAGCAUGCAUGUUAAAGAUAGUAUGAAUAAGUAUGAUAUAGAUAGUAUGAGAUAGUAUGAAGGAGCAAGUGGUGUAACUUUUGGCAAAAAAGCAAAGCACAAGUACUAAGGCGUAUUAGGGCUACUCUAAAAGAACAGAAAAUUUAUAGGACUCUUUAAUUUUUCAAGAAGGAAACUUGAUAUUUUUUUCUUUAGUUGAAGUUGCAAAUUUAUGAGAAAACAGACAUUUUUAAUCAUGAAUUAAUAAGAAAAAUACUCAGAUUUUUUUUAAAGUGUAAAAUGUGGUAAAUUUAUGGGAAAAUAAGACAUUAAGUUGAAUAGAAUAAGACAUUAUGAUGUCUUCAAAUUUAUGAGAAAAAAACUCAAACCAUUAGUUGUGUCAGAGUUGUCUCUGAGAUGCUGUCAGUGUGAGGAUUUUUUGAGUCUGAAUGCUAAAGAAAAUAUGACGACUCUGGGCUAAAACCACGUCUUUCCUUAAAGUUCAGUCUCAGUUAAAAGUAUAAUCAUUAUGUUCUUAACUGCUGUAGUUUUAAAGGGCAGAUGUCUUUAUCUGAUAAGAUUUUCUUUCACACAAUAACAUAAAAAAUCUUAGUUUAAGUUCUUGUAAAUUUAUGAUUUUCUAAAUCUGAAAACAGAUUUUUUUCAUCUUAAUUUUUGACUUAACAAAUUAAAAAAUUCUUAGUUUGAUUUUUGGUUGAUAUUACAAGUUGAUGACCUUCAGAGUGGCCCUAAUACUCCUUUGCAUGCACUCCAACAUGAUGAACUAUGACUUUUAAAGGUCCAUGAAGGGAAAGAAAAAAAGACAAUCCAAGCAGGGUGUCAAAUGUCUUAAAACAGUGACAUUUAGUGUUGUUGUAUCUGUGAGAGGAAGUUUCCUUUAAGCUAAAAAUAAAGUACAAAACACUAAAAGGUCAUGAAACAUAAUUCUCUAUUCAGGAUGAAGAAUUUCAACGAAAUCAAGCAUUUAGAUUAAGAGACAGUUUUUAUUCAGCCGUCCUUUUACCCUUUAUGUAGUUUGCACUUUAAAUGUGAUAUGUUUUCAUGAAUGUGUGGUGUUUGUGACUGUUAACACUAAGAAAUAAUGACAUUUUAACAGUUGUGUUUUUCUGGACUGAUCCCAUGAAGGCCUGCAGUGCUUCCUUUACAGGUAGAAUAUCUAUUAAAAUGUUCCAAUGAAGUGUAAAAAUAAAGUUGAACGCUGGAUUAGACACUGACAUGAAUGACUGUGAUUCUCUGAAGUACAGUACACAUUUGUACAGCCCACUGUAUUUAUUUUCAUAAAUAAAGAUGAAAUCCAGCGCUG